AUGUUAAUUGAUUCAAAAGACAGAAAUUAAAGAGAAUCAAAAUUCCUAUAAAUUCUAUACCAAAUUUUAGAUGUAAAUCUAAUGUUCCUUAUUCUAGAAUUCAAGUUAGGAUAUAGUUUAAUGGUCUGACUCAGGCUUUUUAAUUUCCAGUGUUUAAUCUUUUAAAGCAAAAUUGUUGCCUUAAUAUUUUAAGCAUAAUAAAUAUUCUAGCUUUUUAAGACAAUUAAAUAAAUAUGGCUUUUAAAUAAAAGAAAAAUAAAAAGACUCAGCUAAAUUUGUUCAUUAAACUAUAAAUUAAGAUAAGCGAGAGUUAAAAAAAUAAUAAUUAAUAAAAAAAUAAGAAAAUCAUCUAAAUUUUAGAGAUGAAAUGGUUGAUAUGAGAACAGAAUUGAUUUAACUAUAAAAAUAAUAAGCAUUGCUUAAAUAAUAGAUGGAAACAUCUAAAAAAUUGAUGAGUUAUUUAUUUAAUAGCAUAAGUAAAUUUAUUAAUGUAUAAAUUACAAUUAUAAAUAGGUUACUACUUCAACUAUAGAAUAUUCAAAAGCAUUUUCAACUGUUAUAUUAUCCAAUCUUAGUAAGGCAAUCCCAAAUGUAUCAGGAGAUCUUUUAUAAGUACAAUAAUAAUAAGCAUAUUUCAUAAGCAUUAAUUAGGAGCAGCAAAAUUAGCCUUUCCAGAUUAUUUUACAUCUACUUUUGUAACCCCAACAGCAAGUUUAUUUGGAACUCCAAUACCAUUUUAUUUCUCUAUGUUAAAAGAAUUACUAUUUAUAAGAGAAAAUAUUAGUAAUAAUUGA